AUGGCGCCCCUCUCCGACGUCCCCAUCAUCGACUCCCACAUCCACCUGUAUCCGGCGUCCGAGCUCCCGACGCUGGCAUGGUGCUCGCCCGACAGCCCGCUGGCCGGGCAGCGGUCGGUAGAGGAGUACCGCGCGGCCGCGGCCGGCUCGCCCGCCACGCUCCGGGGGUUCGUGUUCCUCGAGACGGACCGCAAGAACGACGAGGCGGCGCCGGACCCGGCGACCGGGUGGAAGUACCCGCUGAUGGAGGUCGAGUGGCUGCGGCGCAUCGCGACGGGCCAGCCCCGCGACGGCGAGGGCCACGCCGCCGAGGACGCCGCGCUGUGCCUCGGCAUCGUGCCGUGGGCGCCCAUGCCGGCCGGCGCGGAGACGCUGGAGAAGUACAUCGCGGCGGUGCGCGAGACGGCGGGGCCGGCGUGGGACAAGGUCAAGGGGUUCCGCUACCUGGUGCAGGACAAGCCGAACGGGGUCAUGCUCAAGGACCCGUUCAUUGAGAGCCUGAAGUUGCUGGGCCGUCAGGGGCUGGUGUUCGAUACUGGUGUUGAUCAGCAUCGCCGGGGCCGCAUACAGCUGGAGGAGUGCGUGGAGAUGAUUGACCGUGCGCAUGAGGACGUUCCAGAGGAGCACAAGGUCAAGUUCAUCAUCAACCAUAUGUGCAAGCCAGACUUGACUGUAAUCAACCCAGCAGACCCAGCCUUCAUCGCCUGGCGUACAGCUAUGUACACACUGAGCAAGUGUAGCCAGGUGUACAUGAAGGUCAGCGGCGGGUUCCCCGAGAUGUCAGACACGCUCAAGCAGCAGUCAGCAGAGGAGAUCUUCGAGAGCAUCAUGCCGUGGCUCGCCGUCAUCCUGGCCGCCUUCGGCCCCUCGCGUCUCAUGUUCGGCAGCGACUGGCCUGUGUGCACCGUCGGCAUGGAGAAGGGCAGCGCGUGGGAGAAGUGGCGGUUGAUCGUGGAGCGACUGUGCGACAUGGCCUCGUUGAGCAAGGAGGAGCAGGAGAUGAUCUGGAGCGGGACGGCGGCAAAGGCUUACAACCUCUAA